AUGGCACAUACAGGUGUCAGUGAUGAGGCUAGAACAAGGAAAACACCAUCUCUCUUUCUGGGAACGGUGAGAUGGGACAGCUGCCUAGACAAUGAUGAAGAGCAUGUGAAUUUUGCCAGAAGAGAUGAACUAAACAGAGCUCACAGUGAGGAGAGAGAGGAACCAAAUGGACCCCUGAACUUUCAGCCUGAUGUUUGUCACCAGGACGCAGAAUACAAGUCUCCAGCUCCUCUACCACAUGGCCAAGUCAAACUGAUCACCAGCUGGGAAGCAGGAUGGAAUGUAACAAAUGCCAUUCAGGGAAUAUUUGUCCUAGGAUUGCCGUAUGCUCUUCUGCACAGUGGAUACAGUGGCCUGUUUCUUCUUAUCUUGGCUGCAGCAUUAUGCUGUUACACAGGCAAAAUUCUAAUCGCUUGCCUGUAUGAAGAAAAUGAAGAUGGGCAGCUCAUAAGAGUGAGAGACACAUAUGAAGAUAUCGCAAAUACCUGCUGCAAAAACUUAUAUCCCGAGCUAGGUGGCAUAGUUGUCAAUGUGACCCAAGUGGUGGAACUGAUCAUGACAUGUAUUUUGUAUCUGGUUGUUAGUGGGAACUUGCUGUCACAUAGUUUUCCAUACAUACCACUGACUGAGAAAAUGUGGUACGUAAUCGCAUUUGUUACAUUGCUGCCUUGUGUGUUUAUCAAGACUCUCAAAACUGUUUCCAAACUCAGUCAGCUUUGCUCCUUGGUCCAUUUCAUUAUCAUACUUGUAGUGAUGACUUACUGUCUCACACAAAUACAUCAGUGGUCCUGGGCAAAAUUCAGACCGUCCAUUGGGUUUGAGGAAUUUUUUGUCUCUGUAGGGGUGAUCAUUUUCAGUUACACUUCACAAAUAUUUCUUCCCACACUUGAAGGUAACAUGAAAAACCCAGGCGAAUUUAGAUGUAUGUUGAACUGGACUCACUUUUUUGCUUGUGUCUUGAAAACAACCUUCGCACUGACUGCAUUCUUGACCUGGGGUGAAGAGACAAAGGAAGUUAUUACUGACAACCUGCCAUCAUUUCUCCAAACCAUAGUGAAUUUGUGUCUCUUAACCAAGGCUCUUCUUUCUUACCCUUUGCCCUUUUUUGCAGCCACAGAAAUUGUGUAUUCUUGUAUUUUUAGAGGCAACCAUUCCAACUACAGAUCUCCACUAUUUGCUCUGGGUGUUAGAGGCUCAUUUCUUCUGUUAACUCUGCUGAUGGCCACCUUCAUACCACAUUUUGUCCUGUUGACGGGCUUAACAGGCAGUGUAACAGGUGCUGUUAUGACUUUUCUUCUUCCUUCUCUCUUCCAUUUAAAACUUAAAUGGAAAAAACUAUGCUUCUUAGAGAAAUGUGCAGAUACCUCUGUUUUUAUUUUGGGUUUCCUUUGCAGCCUUGCAGGCAUAAUUUGCUCAAUAAAAGGUCUGCUUAAAGUAUUUGGAGGAGUAUAA